CACGUCCGUCUCGUCCCCCGGCCGACUGCUAACGAGCGCACCCACUCCUGUCACGCUGCGACCGACGGGGAAGCAAGCGGCUAGCUCUUGAUUGUGUGAAAGCUUUAUUUUUGCGUUUGCUUAGGAUUUAAUUCAGCUUAGUGGAAGUCGCUUUACUCAGGCAGUGAUUUUGUUUUCUUUAUAUAUUUUGUAUAUUUAAUAUUCCUCCGGCUACACUGCAUUUCUGAAUGGCUGAAGAGAUGUCGGCGAAAACACAUGGACUCGGAGUCUUCUUGGAGCUGAGGAAAAGGCUUCAGAGUGGACUUCUGGUUGUCGGGACGAGCGUGGCCCGGGGUCCCGCAGACGUGGCCGUGACGGGCGAGGGCUCCUCUCUCCGCGUCCGGACCCCAGGAGGAGACCUGCGCCUCGCCCUGCCAGCGGGGGUCGCCUUGGAGGGCGGCUCCUGCAUUCACACGCCCGUGGGCGAAGCCGGCGGAGAGGAGCUGCACUUCAGGCUGCGCAUCACCGUCGGGCGGCGCGAGCAAGCAGAUCCAGCUGGCGUGAUGGAGACGCUUCGAACCGAAGAGACGUACAGCUUCCACUGCCAGGGCUGCGCGACCCGGCUGCUCGAGGACAGAGUGUUCAAACGAGUUCUUCCUCUCCCCAAUUGCAACUGGAACGCCAUCGUGGACGAAUGGUGUUGCCACCCGGACCCGUUCGCCAACAAGAAGCUGCUGCCGCGGGCGGAGGACUGCCUGCUGGGCGACACCUUCGUCCUGCUGGCCCGUGACGGCAGCUGCGACCAGACCCUGACUGAGGAAGUGAGUUCUGUCGGCGCCGCUGACGCUCAGGAUUCAAAGAAACCUUGUCACCGUUUGGCCCUUAUCUCCUGCGCGAGCUGCUCGUUAGUACUGGGAGAGGCUGUCGCACCAGGGACGCUGAAACUAUACAUCACCCAGGUGGUGGUGGAGCCCGCUGUGGGAGAUGGAAAGCUGGACGCUUCACUGAACAGGUCUGCCUUCCUGGAGCGGACGGUCGCAGCCAGGCUGCUGGAUCUGUCCAACUCUCUGAGCUCGUUCCACUUCUCGGUUCAGACGCCUGAUGGGAAAGUCUUCUUACUGCUCUGGCUGCUGAACGGCGACUCCAUCAUAGCCUCCGUCCCAGAGCGCCUCGUCGGGGAGGAGAGCUCCAUCAGCCCCCCUGCUCCUCUCAGCCCAUCGCUCAGAGCUGCCAGAGCCCUGAAACUCCUCUACAUCAGCUGCUCCGACGCCAGCGCCCAGCAGAGAGAGAUCGCCACUAGUUGGGAGGCCAACUCCAUCGGACCGCCAUGGGGCCUGACUGCGCUGAAGGUGUGCGAGGAGCUGCUGCAGGGUGCUGGAUGA